GAAGAACGCUCAAACCUGACAGACUUCUCUGAGAAGAGCACCGAGAAAAAGGCUGCUCUGUUAUUCAGUUCUUCUCGUCGGUAUAUCUGUUCUGAUGGGUUAAUAACAGACAACAACAAGCUGAUGAUAAACUGUGACAAUCAACGCCAGAUGUUUGACAUGGAAUGACACGAUUUCUCCCGAGUGGACUUUCAACAUUUUCUGAUACUUCGCCGGUUGUUUUGGCACAUUGUAUCCCCUCUGAUGUCCACCUGUUACGGCUGCUCUCUGCCCUGCACACAGCCUCACCACGGAGCGUCAGAUACAGCCAGCUACUACUGAGAUGGCCCGUGCAGAGACCAUCGAGAGCGCCGGGGAAACUGAAGGAGAAGGAGGAGACGGCCCUCGCCACAGCACCUGCCGGAUGGAGCUGCCUCGCCCCUUCUACAACUGGCCCGGUCUGCUCACCACGACCACCAUUACCACCGGCUCUGUGACUGGCACCGGUGCCUUAGACCUUCACCAAAACCACCACCAUCUGCAACCUUUGCAGGCUCUCUAUAUGUCAUACCCGGUGCCUUACCCCAACCCAGAGGUCCAGGACGAGCCCCAGACUCACCAGCAGUUACCUGCAUUAUCGCCAUCACCAACGCCUCCUUCACCACUCUGCCAUCGGAGGGAGGAGAGGGGACGUGGCGCAGUUGCACCCAGUGUCUUCUCAGGAGAGCAGUCAGACUCGCACAGAGAGGAGCCCCAGGAGGCCUCCAGUAGGCAGGGGCCUCUACCGGACCUACUGCCCCAGAACGAGCACCUAUCCUGGGCUUCCCCUCAUCACAGAGCCCCUGGAGAAGAGGCAGUGCAGGAGCAGGAUAUCAGGAGGGUGGCCCAACAGCUGAGGACCGUCGGAGAUGAACUCAACACCACAGUCCUCCACAGAGUGGGUCUCAUCCCGCACUGGCAGGACUGGAGAGAUGUCUGCCGAGGACUCGUCAACUUCCUCACCCAGGCUCUUAGCACUCUCUACAGGAUCACGUAAAGAGGCUGGUUACCAUGGCGACCUGAUGCAUCCAGGAAUGUGGCUUGAACGGAACAACCCCGAUUGGUCGCAAUCCCGGAGGAUUUAUGUGACCAGAAAUCGAGACAAUUUUUUUUUUAAGAAAGGGUUUGUGGGGGGCGGGAUCAGCAGCUGGAUGUGUUGGUGCCACCUGUGGGCUGAACCACUGAGUCAGGGUGCUGGCUGUGGAGCUGUCUGUCUGUCAGGCUGCUGGUACACAGCUGCAGCUGACCAGCCGUCUGCCGUUUCCCUACCUGUAUAUUUUGUAAAAUCCACUCGCUGUCUCUUCCAUCAGUGUGUGUGUGUGUGUGUGUGUGUGUGUGUGUGUGUGUGUGUGUGUGUGUGUGUGUGUGUGUGUGUGUGUGUGUGUGUGUGUGUGUGUGUGUGUGUGUGUGUGUGUGUGUGUGUGUGUGUGUGUGUGUGUGUGUGUGUGUGUGUGUGUGUGUGUGUGUGUGUGCACAGGUUCUAACGAAUAGGUUGAAAUACAGAUAUUUCUAAAUCUGCCUUUUUAUACCCCAGAUGAGUUUAUAGGUCAGCUGUUUUGGAAUUGAAGGUCUUCAUGGUCCAAUGGAGCGUUUAAUAUCAGAUACCAUUUCCUGGAGGAUGUGUUCUUAUUUCCAAAUGGAAAUGGAUGAAAUCUCUCCAAUUUGUUCCCUUUGUUUUGGUACAAAGAUACGGACGUGACCUGACCCUUGUCUGACGUGUGUGUUACUGUAUUAUUAUAAACUGUGAAACUGGAUGCUGAGUUUGCUUUGCAGGGAAAAUGUUGGCUGUUGUUCCACAGAGUGAACCUUUCUCCCAAUCUGAGACUGCUUCAUUUCACUACACCACGUGCCUUUCUGCUCAGCGAAUCCUACAACCAAUCUCUGAAAAGCAGGACAAUCACACAGACAGACAGACAGACAGACAGACAGACAGACAGACAGACAGACAGACAGACAGACAGACAGACAGACAGACAGACAGACAGACAGACAGACAGACAGACAGACAGACAGACAGACAGACAGACAGACAGACAGACAGACAGACAGACAGACAGACAGACAGACAGACAGGGUUGAGUUAGCAAGUUUCAUUUGCAUGAGAUUUAAAUGCUCUGCAUCAGCAUGGUUUAAGGUCAUUUAAGGACAGAGACAUGCUCCUCCUCAUACUGCCAGGAGCUGGCGCAGUGUUUAUAGAUCCAUCUGUACAUAUUCUUUUUGAAGAUUAAUUUUUUGAUGGACUUAUCAAAGCGAGAGAGUUCACAGCUAUGUUUGUGUUUCUGACCGGCCGUUGGCAUUAGCAGAGCAAAAUUAAAUCCAGUGGAUUUGAAAUGGUAUUCCAUGAUUUAAAGAAAGAUAUAUGAUUUGGACCAUUUGAUUGUUAAAAAGUAUUUGAUGUUUUGUAAAAUGACCCCUUUGGUUGUGCGUUUACUUUCAUUGUAGUUUGGAAGAAGAUGUUUAUUUCUCAUUUAAAGAGCAUAAUUUAUUUUUGAAUGUAGCCUGUAUGUGUAGCCUGUUUGUUUUUGUUUCUUUUUUUUUACGCAAUGCUUUAUUUAUUUAUUUUUCUUACAUUCCUGAUCAAAACUAUGAUUUAAGCUGUACUUGAGUUGUAACUGUUAACACAGAUUGGGAGCUAAAGCUGUCGAACACACCCAAAGUGGAUUCAUCAUUUUGAAAAGGCAGCAGAAAUGUAUCAUUUAGAAUGUGGUCAGCUUUACAAAGUGGUAAUUUUGCUUGCCACAAAAAGUAAAUGGCUCAUUCAAAUAAAACGGUACUCUGCUGUUAAGUAAUGAUCCUAUUAUUAUUAGCCAUGUCUUUGGCAGUAAAGCACAAAGGGUUUAUUACAGGUUUCUCCAGACUUUUCAUGGAAAUGGAAAGCACCAGAAUUCUGCAUUUAUUCUAUUCAAAGCACAGAAAGACAGAAUCAAACUAUUAGCAAUAUCUUUACACUGAACUGAAAACCACUGAAAAUCAACCGGGUAUUUCUGAUGUGUGUCACUGCUGCUGAAAAAAACGACCGUUGACUUAAAUUCAAUGUAUUAUGUCAACAGAUUUCACUUGACUGUAUUAGGUUAGUUGAAAGCAACAAUAUUAAGUUGAACCUAAUAUUUGCUUUCAACUGUACAGUUAUAUUAAAUCUGCUGAUACAUUGAAUAAAGGCAGUUUUUUCAGUGUACCUCUAAUGUUAUUGGAUUUAAGUACCCCGUUAAGUUGAGUAUUUUAACUUUUAUUGGAUUUGACUGAAACAUGGAUCAUGCUUCAGAUUCAAAGGUGUAUUGUCAUGGUAUAAUUAUGUCAUGUAUCGCAGGUUCCUCAACAGUGCAAUUACAAGACAUCAGGUCUCUUUAAACGACUGAUAGAAGACGUGAUUGUUUUGUAUAUUUGUUGGAGAAGAGUCUUGUUUGUACAUUUCUGGAAGCCUUGAGGUAUAAAGUCCUGAUGAUUCCUGCACCAUGACGCCCAGCAGAGAACCAGCCCGGCUAGCUACAUAACCUUCUCACUGCCUGUGUGUCCAUGGUUGUGGUUCUGUUUGCGCUCCGUGUCAGUCACAUGCAGUGUGUGUUUGCUGUUCUUCAACUCUUUUCUAUUGUAAACUUUCUACAUGAUUUUGUACUUUUUUUCUUCUUCAUACAAUAAAGAUAAGGAGAAAUAUA